AUGGAUUCAUCAAAAGACGAAGAUCAUAGAAAAAGAAUUCAAAUUCUAAUGUUUCCAUGGUUAGCUCAUGGACAUAUAUCUCCAUUCUUAGAACUAGCUAAAAGACUUGCUUCAAAGAACUUCUACAUUUAUUUUUGUUCUACACCCAUAAAUUUAUCAUCCAUAGAACACCAACUCAUCGAUCGUGACCGGAAUCAAACUAGGUCGAUCGAAGUAGUAGAACUUAAUCUUCCUUCACUUCCUAAUCUUCCACCUCAUUACCAUACAACAAAAUCACUCCCACAUCAUCUGAUGCCAACUUUGAAAAAAGCCUUAGAUUUAUCAGCACCUUCUUUCAAUAACCUUCUUUCUACCAUUCAACCGGACAUACUUAUAUACGACUUCAUACAACCAUGGGCACCAACUCAAGCUUCUUGCUUAAACAUCCCGGCAAUUCAGUUGCUAACCACUGGUGCAGCUUUUACUUCUUUCUUUGCUCACCUCGUUAAGAAACACCCAGACACCAAGUUCCCAUUUCCUUCGAUUUAUCUCUAUGAUCACGAAGAAUGUAAAUUUACCAAGAAAAGUUCUUUUUCCGACGACAGUGAAGAUAGAGUACGCGUCUUUCAAUGUAUUGACAGAUCAACUGACAUAGUUUUGAUCAAUACUUUUAAAGAGAUUGAAGAAAAAUAUUUGGAUUAUCUCUCGUCUACAAUAGGAAAAGAGUUGGUACCGGUAGGACCUCUUCUUCAAAACCCUACUAAUAGUACUGGUUGUGAUCAUGAACAAGAAAACAAGUAUAGGGAAUUGCUUGCUAAUAAAGAGAAACUUCAGUAG